GGGCGGGUGGACCAUCCCUGCCCCUCCUCCCAGCCUGGGACCCUCUCCUGCCUUUCUAAUCGUGGGGCUUCUGCAUACCGCAGUGGCUUCCUUUGCUUUGUCCCUUCUCCGGACUUGAGAUCUUCCUUCCGGAGCCAUGUCAGAAGGAGUGGACCUGAUUGAUAUAUACGCUGAUGAGGAGUUCAACCAGGACCCAGAGUUCAACAACACAGAUCAGAUUGACCUGUAUGAUGAUGUGCUGACAGCCACCUCCCAGCCCUCCGAUGACAGAAGUAGCAGCACUGAGCCACCACCUCCUGUUCGCCAGGAGCCGUCGCCCAAGCCCAAUAACAAGACUCCUGCAAUUCUGUAUACGUACAGUGGCCUGCGUAACAGAAGAGCUGCAGUCUAUGUGGGCAGUUUCUCCUGGUGGACCACAGACCAGCAGCUGAUCCAGGUUAUUCGCUCUAUAGGAGUCUAUGAUGUGGUGGAGUUGAAAUUUGCAGAGAAUCGAGCAAAUGGCCAGUCCAAAGGGUAUGCUGAGGUGGUGGUAGCCUCUGAAAAUUCUGUCCACAAAUUGUUGGAACUUCUGCCAGGAAAAGUUCUUAAUGGAGAAAAAGUGGAUGUAAGGCCGGCCACCCGGCAGAAUCUAUCACAGUUUGAGGCACAGGCUCGGAAACGUGAGUGCGUCCGAGUCCCAAGAGGGGGAAUACCUCCACGGGCCCAUUCCCGAGAGUCUAGUGAUUCCGCAGACGGCCGGGCCACACCCUCUGAGAACCUUCUACCCUCAUCUGCUCGCGUGGAUAAGCCCCCCAGUGUGCUGCCCUACUUCAAUCGCCCUCCUGCAGCCCUUCCCCUGAUGGGUCUACCCCCACCCCCAAUUCCACCCCCACCACCUCUCUCUUCAAGCUUUGGUGUUCCUCCUCCUCCUCCUGGCAUCCACUAUCAGCAUCUCAUGCCCCCUCCUCCUCGAUUACCUCCUCAUCUGGCUGUUCCUCCCCCUGGGGCCAUCCCUCCUGCGCUUCACCUCAACCCAGCCUUCUUCCCACCACCAAAUGCUGCAGUGGGGCCUCCACCAGACACCUACAUGAAGGCCUCUACACCCUAUAACCACCAUGGCAGCCGAGACGUGGGCCCUCCACCCUCUGCAGUGAGUGAAGCUGAAUUUGAAGAGAUCAUGAAGCGAAACCGAGCAAUUUCCAGCAGUGCCAUUUCCAAAGCGGUAGCUGGAGCCAGUGCAGGGGAUUACAGUGAUGCGAUUGAGACGCUGCUCACAGCCAUUGCAGUAAUCAAACAGUCCCGGGUCGCCAAUGAUGAGCGUUGCCGUGUCCUCAUCUCCUCUCUUAAGGACUGUCUUCAUGGCAUAGAGGCCAAGUCCUACAGCAUGGGUGCCAGUGGGAGCUCCUCCAGGAAAAGACAUCGGUCCAGGGAGCGGUCACCUAGCCGGUCCCGGGAGAGCAGCAGGAGGCACCGGGAUCUGCUUCAUAAUGAAGAUCGGCAUGAUGACUACUUCCAAGAAAGGAACCGUGAACAUGAGAGACACCGGGAUAGAGAGCGGGACCGGCACCACUGAGAAAGGAGUUUGGUUGGAAGCAAAAUUUUUUAAUGGACUUGCUGCAUCUCCUCACCUUGAUCAGGACUAAGGACGGAGGCCGCUCACUCCUUUCCUUCCCUCCAAAUCCCUAACUCCCUUGAAACACCCAGGGAAUACCCUCUGCCCUACAGAAUUGAAGAUUGCUUGGCAGCCCUCCCAACCCCACACCUCCUGUUUUUCCAGUGGGGAGGACUCUGAAGACUUGUGUGGUUGGAAGGAGUGGCAGACAGGAAGAAAACAACUUGUCCAGGCCCCUGGUCUCCAUAGAGAAUGGUGCUUUGUCCAAGGAAACAAAUCGAGUUUGAUUCUCCAGGAGCAGUUUAGUGGUGAGGUUGAUGGGAAGACUUCUUUCCCAGGAAAAAUGGAUCCUUUAUGUGGGGUCUGAGAGAGUGACUGGGCGUGCUAAACAUGCUCAGGUCUGCCCUCGGCACUCACUGUGAUGGAGCCAAGAGGGUCCACACCCCUUGCUAACAUACCACUUGUUUGUUUAACUCCUUUACCUUCCCAGCCCUCUGAGGAGGGACCACAAGAACAGAAGUGACCUUAGGAAAGGUACGUCUGUUCUGGCUUUCCCUCACACAUACUGACGGUUUCCUUCCCUGAGCUCUCAGAGGAACUAACCCUUUCCACUCCCCCUGCCCAGCCGCUCCCGUGGACGUGUCCCCCCUAAGCAAAGAAGGCCCCUGAGGUUGUUUUCUGCUGGGAAGACUGGCAGAGCCAAUUACCACCUUCUGCUGCUUAGUGCUUGGUUGCCUGUUGCAAUAACCAGCUCUAUUAGGUGUUCCCUUUCCCAAGGGCUUUUCCAUUUAACACAUGGAGCCCUUCCUUCCCCCAUGAAGGCUACUUCCUUGUUUUAGAGGAAGGUACUGCCAUUGGGAGAUGGGGAUAAUCGGGACCUCAGCAGUGCAGACUGUAAAAUUACCAAGAAGAGCGGGGAGAGAGGCAGGUUGGGCAGGAUGUAAUCUACUUCCAUAGGUUUUUCUUUUUUCAGGUUGGAUGUAAGCUUGGCCUUGCAUCCCCCAGGUACAUACUUAGCGUGAGAUGACCUGGCACUGGUAGGCAGGUAGUCGCAAUCUGGCGUCUUUCCACCUUUUGACUAGUGACUUAACUCCCCUCACUCUGCCUGGAGCUACUUCCUGCUUCUACCGAGGAUGAAAUGGAGCCUGAGGACUGAAGUCAGCUCUGGGUUUUAAGGACCAGCACUCUGGGGGCUAUUUCUACUCAGGCAACUGGAAUUUCCUUUUCCUGUAACAUCCAAAUUGUGAUGUGGUUACUGCUGAAGGAGGAGGUGGUGACAGGGUCCUGCAAUACCCAUGGAACGAUUCUUCUGCUUGGCAAAUGACAUCUAAUGUGAAGAGACGUGGCAUGUGGGAUGAGACUUGGCAUGGGAGACGUAGGGUUGCUGGAGAUCCUCUGGUUCAGAGGGGAAGAAACUGAAUUGGACUAAACCCUUCCUCUGUUCCCAGCAUGAUUUCUGACACAGCCCUCAGGCGCUGAGGGAAUGCCCAGGGCUGGAGAGGCACAUUCCCUGGGACAGAGGCUACUGGCUGUAGCUUUUUUCUUCCUGUCCCCAACCCCGUCCCUACCUCCACUUCAGAACAAGGCACCCCGCCCAAUCAGCCAAGUGUUAAGUGACGUGCUUGUCCUCAAGAGCAGCUCCGGGUGUCUUUGUAAGUGUAGAGAAAACCACGAUGACAGUUUAAGGGGAAUAAAAUAUAGAAACCAGAAAAGCCGUUACCUGGAGGAUUUCUUUUCUCUCCCCUCCCCCCGCCUUUGUUUUUGCUUUUGUUUUUACUCAAUGACACAAUUUUUAGUUUUAUUUCCUGAUAGCAAAAGGAAAAAAACAGCUCCCCCAAAAAAGGCUAAGGCCCCCGUCCCCCUGUUGUCGGUGAUUUGUCUUUCUGAUAGGUUGAAAAUUGUGUAAUAAACUUGAUGACGCUGUCAAUCUUUUAUACUGCAUUGUAUUUUUUUCCUUUUGUAACAAAAUAUUUUUAAAUAAUAAAUGGGGUGUGAGCUGUU